AUGCUCGCAUAUCUGACCUGAUCUGAUCUUGGGAAAUACACUCUUAUACGCAUAAGCUUGAUCAUGCCUGCUGUCGUCGAAGAGUCAGCGCCCGCCCCAGCCCCUGCUCCAGCGGAGAAAAAAGCUAAACCUGCCGUGGCUGCUUCUCCAGCUAAAAAGAAGAAAAAGAAGAGCAAGGGCCCCGGGAAGUACAGCAAGCUUGUAACUGAUGCUAUCCGUACUCUGGGAGAGAAAAACGGCUCGUCGCUUUUCAAAAUCUACAACGAAGCGAAGAAAGUGAGCUGGUUUGACCAGAAGAACGGACGCAUGUAUCUGCGCGCCUCCAUCCGCGCGCUCGUGCUCAACGACACGCUCGUGCAGGUGAAGGGAUUCGGAGCCAACGGGUCAUUCAAGCUCAAUAAGAAGAAACUUGAGAAAAAGCCAAAGAAAGCUGCGUCAAAAAAGGCGACCAAGAAGACGGAGAAGCCGACCUCCAAAAAAGCCGUGACCAAGAAAGUGAGUGCAAAGAAGAGCGCCAAAAAGAGCCCUGUUAAGAAGAAAACCCCGAAGAAGACGAGUGUGAAGAAGGCGACCGCCAAACCCAAGAAAACAGCUGCAAAAAAGCCAAAAGCUGCCGCAAAGAAGAAAACUAAAUCAAAAUAGACUUUCUGACGAAGAGGAGUUAUAUUUUUAUAGCCUAUUUAGUGUCUUAGCCAGACAAACCAGACGAUUUUUAUUUUUGAUAUUCUUGUUGAUAUUUGGGGACUGAUGUAUCGUCGAUAUACAUUUUAUAAACUGCAUUGAUGCUUUUCUGAAAUGCAUGUUAGUAUUUGUUUUGUUGCACUGAACAGAAUAGUUACUGGCUACAAUCUAAGUGCAGCUGAUAGUAGGCUAUUUAACUUAACAUUAACAGGGUUUUUGCUUAUUUCAUUUACAAAACAUUUCUGCAAAUACAAUAUUACUGAAAUACUAAAUGUCUUAUGUGUAUUUGGAUCCUUCUUUAUGUAUGUAAAACAGAUAUCUGGCCUGCUUAUUUAUCUCAGAUUUAUGAUUAAAUGUAACUUUAAUACCAUGUUUUACCAGUUUUAUAUGAUAUAGUUUGAUUUGGGAUCUAAUAGUUGUUGCAGAACUGCUUAACUAUUUUGUCCUCCAAACUAAUAACCUAUAUGGCAAAAACAAUGUGAAUUAAUGAUGAAUUAAAGAUUUGUUUUUCACACUGUUGACACCUGGAAAUGUCAAGUAUGUGAUUUUUAUAUAUCCAAAUCUGGUGGAGUACAGAAAUUAAGUACUAAAACACUUUCCAAGUAAAAUAAAGUACUGCACAUCAGCUAAA